CCAAAGGACGCCCUGCAGGUUGCUCGCAUGCUGGUGCAUGGCUCGGUCAGCCAUCCUGCUUUCCGACGGAAGCGAGAGCGGACAGGAGCUUCCCACGUUGCCUGCAGGCCAAAGAAUUUCACAUGUCACGAUCGGUAGAUUCCAACCGCCGGAAUGUCAGCGCUCACAUGAGCUUCGCGUACCGUCCGCUGUUGAAACCAACGAGUCGCACUGCAUCAGACCUGGAGGUGUAAGCUGCGUUUCUCAAAUCUGAUUGCAUGCGAGCGAGUGCGAGUGGUAUGACGACUACUACUCAUCGAACCCAGACAGAUAUCAGCCCUAUAUGGGCGCUUAGCUAGUCUUCUGAAUUCAGACAUUCCACUUCAAACUCUGCCAUGUAUGGGACAGACUAUGGCGAGACAUCUUGCACAAAGGGCAGUGUUGAUAUUGACACUGGCCGGAGUCUCCUUGGCAGAGACGUCGCCGAGCUCGUUGAAGCCUAUCUCAGUGCCGGCCAGCGGGUCAUGGCAGGGCGAUGAUGGUCAAUGGAGUACAUUUCAUGUCCAAGUGGGCACGCCGGGCCAACUUCUUCACCUCCUUCCCGGGUCUUCUGUUCAAGCAGGGAACGCCAUCUGGGCGAUCGCGCAAGAAAGCUGCACCGAAGAGAACCCAGACCUAUGGAAUUGUGAAGAGCAAAGAGGUGAUGUCUUCAGCGCAAAUGAGUCGUCGACAUGGUUGACAUCACAAGUCUCCAAUGGCUCGUACUACAACCUCAAUCCAGUCAUUGAGUCCAUGCUUGGCCUGAAUGCCAAUGCAUCGUACGGCUUGGAUACAGUCACGCUCGGCACAGCGAACGGGGUCCUGCCUCCUCUCCCAAAUCAGUUGGUGGCUAGAAUUGCUUCGAACGACUUCUGGGUUGGCGUGAUCGGGUUGAGUCCGCUUCGGCUGAACACGACGGGCUUUGACGACCCUGUGAGAACUCUCAUGGGUGCGCUUAGUGAUCCUGAAGGUAGGAAGAUUCCAAGUACGACCUGGGCCUACACGGCGGGUUCAUUUUACAAAGACGCUCCCGUAUUCGGCAGCCUCACGCUCGGCGGCUACGAUUCGAUGCGAUUUGACCCGAACAAUUCUGUGUCGGUACCAUUCUCCAUCAAUCCAUCCCAAGAUUUGCAGAUCAACCUUCAGUCGAUCACGUACAACGGCACAACCACACAGAGCAGUUCUUAUCUGCUUACCGACACCAUCACGGCGUAUAUGAACAGCAUGAUCAACUAUAUAUGGCUGCCUCCUGAAGUAUGCGAUGUUUUCGAAGCAGCUUUCGGUCUGGAGUAUGAUGAGGCCACAGAGUUCUACCUCAUGAAUGACACCACUCACGCAAAUCUUCUCGCCGAGAAUCCGACCUUCACCUUCACUCUUGGCGGAGCAAAUAGCACUGAGACAGCCACGAUCGUCCUUCCAUACGCUGCUUUCGAUUUGAAUGUCAGCUAUCCUCAUGUCAAUGGCUCACAACGGUACUUCCCCAUCAAGAGAGCGCAAUACAUCAGUCAAUAUACUUUGGGGCGCGUGUUCUGGCAAGAAGCAUAUGUCAUCGCGGACUACGACCGCCAGAACUUCACAGUCGCUCAAGCAUUGUUCCCCUCUAACUCUACUCCAGAACUGGUUCGGAUCUUACCGCCUGGUGCCAGCGACUCUAGAGACGGCGGCCUAAGCGGCGGUGCUAUCGCCGGCAUCGUAAUGGCAGUCCUCGCCGUGGUGGCCAGCGUACUAGUCGUGCUUUGGCUCUUGCGCAGAAGAAAACGACGUCGACAAGCUCAAGAGGGAGGUAACGCAACAACGGAGAUCAAGCAUGUUCCUGCUGCUGCUCGCGCUGGCGAGAUUGAUGGUCAACAGAUUCAUGAGAAGUCUGCAGAUGGUGCGCCGUUUGAUAAGCAAGAAUCGGAACCGCAUAAGGCGCAUACUUGGGAGACGACUGAGGCGCAAUUGGCCCCUCCUUCUGAGCUUUCGACUGGACAGACACCGCGAUCUUUGCAUUUGGAGACGAAUUGGCCGAGACAAUUUUCGGAGUUGCCUGCGGAGUUGCCGCCUGUUGGUGAGAUGGAGGCGACGAGGAGGGAUGGAGCUUAAGUUCGUUCGUUCAGCGGCAUUGCGAGUUUUGCUUGGUUCUCAGGCGUGCGAUGUGACUUCCUUGUUUGCACCUUCCACCUUCCACGAUCUACUAUCACUUUGUCCUCGAUCUAGAUUAGCGGCUGAAGAAGUCUUCAUCGCAAGGAGCAGGAAGCAGGAAGCAGGUGCAGUAUGCGUUGGUGGAAGGUGCGUGUCGUGCCUGCCUCUGCUACUCGCGUUCAACCAGGAUGGAAGGGGCGAGGACGGAGAUAGGGGUUGGCGAAUGCUCCCUCCCGCGCUCUUGCCUUCGGGAUGUGCCGCAAUAAAGCUGCAACAACACUCAUAUAGCUGAUAGAAUUUGCAGCAGCCAAUCAAGUCAGACUGCUC